UUCACAUCAUAAGGACUCUGCUGAAGUCCAGAUCAACAGGUAUUUCGAACUUGCUGAGCCAUAUGACAUUUGUUCGUGACUGGGGAAUCAAACCCAUUACCAUCCAUAUACACACUUUUGUAGACCAGCCUUUUUUCUCUCCUUCUAAAUAUUAUAAAAUACCAGAGCGCCCAAACUAAACAUGUCUGGAGUUUUGGAUCAGUAUUGUGGUUCUGUAUUUUGGAAUGAAUCCAUUCUGGAGAGAGAAGACCCUGACCUGCCCCCAUGUUUGGAACAAACUGUUCUUGUGUGGAUUCCAUUAGGAUUUCUGUGGAUCUUUGCUCCCUGGCAGUUAAGAGACCUCUUCAGCCACAGAAGUAGUGUAUAUUGUAGUAAACUGUAUAUUGCAAAACAGUUUUUUACAGGGUUAUUGUUCUUGACUUCAGUUGCUGGAUUAUCCAUCACACUAGCAGAAGAUUUUGGAGAGUUCCGAGACCCGACACCAAGCAAGCUGAAUCCAGUUGUCUUGUACACAAACCCCUCUAUUUAUGCAGUGACAUGGCUGCUUGUGAUCUGGAUUCAUGAAAGCAAUAGACACAGAAUUAAAGAAGAUUCUGGGGUCCUCUUCUUUUUCUGGCUUCUUUGUAUAAUUUGUGGAAUUUUCCCACUGCAGACUUUAAUCCGCAUGUGUUUAAAAGAGGACAACAACGUUAUGGACACAGACCUACCGCGCUUCAUCCUAUUUAUUAUUGCCUAUGCUUUUCAGCUCAUUUCCUUGAUUCUCUCAACAAUUUCUGAAGUCCACCCUGAAAUGGAAGAAACUGCCAAGAAGAAUCCAGAAGUUGGUGCUUCAUUUCUCAGCAGAAUCACGUUCAACUGGUUUAAUAGGAUGAUUCUGAAGGGGUAUGCUCAACCUCUUGAAACAGAGGAUCUCUGGGAACUGAAUGAGAGAGACAAAACUCAAAACAUCUAUAGAGCCUUUGAGAAGAAUAUGAUUCAAGAAGUGAAAGAAGCCAGAGGAAAACUGGAGGCCCGCCACAAAAAGAAAGCUAAAGAAAUUACAGAACAGAUGAGUGACCUAUAUAAAGCAGCAAGUCAGGACGUGUUGGUCAUGGAAGAAAAAGACAAAAAGAAGAAAAAGAAGGACAAAAAGGCAAAGGAAGACGAUUAUCCCCGAUCCUGGAUUUUGAAGGCAGUAGUUAAAACUUUUCCUGGAGUGCUGUUGAAGUCAGCAGUUUUUAAACUGAUCCAUGAUCUGCUGGUGUUUGUUAGUCCUCAACUUCUAAAGUUAUUGGUAUCUUUUACUACAAAUUCUAGUGAAUUCACAUGGAAGGGUUACCUUUACGCAGUUCUGAUGCUUGUGGCAGCCAUGAUACAAUCCAUCUUGUUGCAGCAGUAUUUUCAGGGCUGCUUUGUACUUGGGAUGCAGGUUCGCACUGCCAUCACGGCCGCUGUGUAUAAAAAGGCUCUGACCGUCUCUAAUGCCAUCAGAAAAGAAUAUACAGUGGGUGAGACUGUUAACCUGAUGUCAGCAGAUGCACAAAGAUUCAUGGAUGUCACCAAUUUCAUACACCUGAUUUGGUCAUCACCCCUGCAAAUUGCUGUGUCUAUCUAUUUCCUCUGGCUAGAGUUGGGGCCAUCAGUACUGGCUGGACUGGGAGUUAUGAUCUUACUGGUUCCCAUCAAUGCCUUCUUGGCUACGAAGUCCAAAAAGAUGCAGGCAGAAAACAUGAAGUACAAAGAUAAGAGGAUGAAGAUUAUGAAUGAAAUUCUUAGUGGUAUGAAGAUUCUGAAACUAUAUGCAUGGGAACCUUCAUUUGAAGAUCAGGUCCUUGGGGUCCGUGAUAAGGAACUCAAAGUUAUGCAGGGCUUUGCCUACCUUACAUCAGUUUCCAUCUUCAUUUUUACAUGUGCACCUUUCCUGGUAUCUCUGGCCAGUUUUGCUGUCUAUGUCCUGGUAGAUGAGAACAACGUGCUUGAUGCAGAAAAAGCCUUCACCUCCAUCUCCCUGUUUAAUAUUCUACGCUUCCCUCUGGCUAUGCUGCCAAUGCUUAUUUCUUCAAUGGUGCAGGUUGGUGUUUCUCGGAAAAGACUGGAGAAAUUUCUGGGAGGUGAAGAUAUAAAUUUAUCAGCUAUUCACCAUGAUCCAUCAUUUAAUUCUGCUAUCAGUUUUAACUCCGCAACGUUUUCUUGGGAACGGGAUGAGGAACCUGCUAUUAAAGAUAUUACACUCGACAUUAGGCCAGGCAAACUAGUAGCUGUGGUUGGUGCAGUUGGUUCAGGAAAAUCUUCUCUGAUAUCAGCACUGCUUGGAGAGAUGGAGCACAUUAAGGGUUACAUAAAUAUUAAGGGUUCAUUUGCCUAUGUACCUCAGCAAGCCUGGAUUCAGAAUGCUACCCUGCAGGACAACAUACUCUUUGGUUCAGAACAGGAAGAUAUUCGGUAUCCGAAAAUCAUAGAGGCUUGUGCUCUAUUACCAGACUUAGAACUGUUACCUGGAGGUGAUAAGACUGAAAUUGGAGAGAAGGGUAUAAACUUGAGUGGAGGCCAGAAGCAGCGUGUGAGCCUAGCCAGGGCCAUAUACAGUAAUGCAGACAUCUAUAUUUUAGAUGAUCCUCUUUCUGCAGUUGAUGCCCAUGUUGGAAAACACAUUUUUGAGAAAGUGAUAAGUUCAAAUGGUCUACUAAAAAACAAGACACGAAUUUUGGUGACUCAUGGUGUCAGCUUCCUGCCUCGGGUAGACGAGAUUGUUGUCCUGCAAAACGGACGAAUUUCAGAAGUUGGGUCCUAUGGAGCACUUAUGGCAAAGAAAGGCGCAUUUUCUGAGUUUCUCAAAACAUAUGCCAAACAAGAAAACAAGGACGAGGGAGAUCAAACAGUCAGCAAUAGAAAUGAGGAAGUCAGUGAAAGGGGUGAUACAGAACUUCAAGCAGAUGACCAGCCUGAAGAUGCCGUGACUGCAACUAUAAAACGAGAAAACAGCCUCCGGCAAAGGCAGCGCAUAGGAAGUCAGAGCAGCAGGAAGUCUCUGAAGCAUUCUUUGCAGAAUGGCAAUAUUUCUCCAAAAGAAAAUCCAAAGGAGUUACAGAAGGGUCAACGGCUAAUUGAAAAAGAGAAUGUUGAAACUGGGAAGCACAACAUCUAUCAGGUGGAGAUGGAUAUCUGGCGACGAUAUCUGGACGACUGCUGGUUAGUGUGGCGGGCGGAUUUGGCUUACUUACAUGAGUUUGUUGAUUACCUUAACAGUAAUGUUUGGGGACUGGAAUUCUCAUUAACAUCUGAUCAGAAUACUAUCAAUUUCUUGGAUGUUACUAUUUUUAGGAACCAAGACCAUACAUUAUCUUCUAAGGUUUUCCCAAUUUUUGUCUUUAUGAGUGCUUUCUUGUCAGCAUCAGGAGCAAUCCGUGCCUCACGCCUGCUGCACAGCAAUUUACUGCAUAAUAUAUUAAGAGCACCCAUGGUCUUCUUUGACACUACUCCAACUGGAAGGAUUGUCAAUAGAUUUGCCAAGGAUAUCUUCACAGUGGAUGAAGCCAUUCCAAUGUCUUUCCGAAGCUGGCUUGCUUGUUUUUUGGGUGUGAUUGGAACCCUUUUUGUUAUCUGCCUUGCAACUCCUCUCUUCACAGCAGUUAUCAUCCCACUUGCUAUCUUCUAUUUCUUUGUCCAGCGUUUUUAUGUGGCCACUUCUCGCCAGCUUAGACGACUGGAUUCAGUUACCAGAUCUCCAAUUUACUCUCAUUUUGGUGAAACAGUCUCUGGGCUUUCUGUAAUACGAGCCUAUGGGCACCAAGAUAGGUUUCUGCAACACAACGAGAACACAGUUGAUCUGAAUCAGAAAUGUGUUUAUCCUUGGAUUGUGUCCAACCGAUGGUUGGCCAUUCGACUUGAGUUUGUUGGGAAUCUGGUGGUUUUCUUUGCAGCUCUGUUUGCUGUGAUCAGCAGGAACUCCUUGAACAGUGGUUUGGUUGGGUUGUCCAUCUCCUAUGCCCUGAGUGUGACACAAACUCUUAACUGGUUGGUGAGAAUGACUUCAGAAUUAGAGACCAACAUUGUUGCUGUUGAGAGAGUAAGUGAAUACAGCAACAUUAAAAAUGAGGCUCCCUGGAUAACUGAUCAACGCCCUUAUCAAGGUUGGCCUGAUAGAGGACAUAUUGAGUUCACUGACUUUAAGGUUCGCUAUCGACCAGAAUUAGACUUGAUAUUGCAUGGGAUAUCAUGUGAAAUUGCAAGUAAAGAAAAGAUUGGCAUUGUAGGGAGAACAGGAGCAGGGAAAUCCUCUCUUACCAACUGUCUGUUCCGUAUAAUUGAAUCAGCUGGAGGCAAAAUAGUAAUCGAUGGGCUUGAUAUCUCCAGGAUUGGGCUGCACGAUCUACGACAGAAACUUACCAUCAUACCACAGGAUCCAGUGGUGUUCUCAGGUAGUUUGAGGAUGAACCUAGACCCAUUUGAAAAGUACGCAGAUGGUGACAUUUGGCAAGCUCUGGAGAUGGCCCACCUGAAGCAGUAUGUGGCAGGACUACAGAAUCAACUGCAGUAUGAAAUUGCUGAAGGAGGGGAGAACCUCAGUGUUGGUCAAAGGCAACUACUUUGCUUGGCACGAGCUCUGUUAAGAAAGUCAAAAAUUCUUAUUCUGGAUGAAGCAACUGCUGCUGUGGAUCUGGAGACAGACAACUUGAUUCAGACAACAAUUCGAAGAGAGUUUUCGGACUGCACCGUUCUUACUAUUGCUCACAGACUCCACACAGUCAUGGACAGCAACAGAGUAAUGGUGCUUGAUGCUGGGAAGAUUGUGGAGUUUGGUUCACCCGUGGAGCUGCUAGAAAGGGAAGGACACUUCUAUUCCAUGGCAAAGGAUGCUGGUAUAACACAUGACACUAGUAUAAUGCCAAAGGAGAACACUGCAUUAUAAUACAAUGCCACUAGGGACUUAAUGCAGGACUGAAGAUGUAAACUGCAUUCUUCUAAGCUGACCAAUGGGCCACUGCUCAUUUAUGAGUGGAUACUGUAUUAAAUCUUUAAGUAGAAGGCAUUCUUGCCUUGUGCUUGAAUUCCAGUGGUAUACUGGUUGUGAAACCUGUUUAUAUGAAUUUACUUGUGGUUAAUUUUGGACAUUUUUGAAGAAACUGCAAAAACAGAUUUCUUUUUGGACUUCUGAAAUGGUUUUGUCUAUGCAAAACACACACACACACACACACACACACACACAUACACACACACACA